UGGGGCCGGGAGCGGGACUGAGGUCGUUUGAUGGAUGGCCCACCCGCGGAGGUCUUACUUUUCCUCAGGCGCCUGGGAGCUGCUCUCCCUUCCCGUCCCAGGGGCGCCCCGACAUCGCUUUGGUGGGAUGGCCGGGCCCGCUCAGGCUGAGGGAGCGUCCCGCCGGGCUCCUUGGAGACCGCCUGGCUGUUGGUGGAGGAAGAGGAGGAGGAGGGGGGAGCAGACCGCACCUACGGCGGCGUGUGCUUCUGCUUUUGCUGCCGCGGGCCCGGCCCGGAGGAGGGUGGGACGUGCCGGGGAACCGCGGCGGGCGCCGCCGGGCCAGCCGGGCGGGGGUCGGCGGUUUGAGGCGUGGGCAAGCGCGGCCCGGAGAGGAGUCGCCGAUUCUCACUGGCUGUGGAGGAUCGCGGCGAUCAUCAAUAAGCCCUUUGAGGAGGAUUUAGAAGGGUUGCUGGCAAGACUUUUUUUUAAAAAAAAAAACAAAACAAAACAAACUCUUUACUGGCAAGUAAACGUGGGUGGUGGGGAGAAAUUUGCCGUCUCUGGAGUCCACUUUCUAGCACGCCUUCCUCCCGCUGUCUGCUACCAGGUCUCAGUACAGCCACUUGGAGAAGAUGACAGAUUUGGUGGCUGUGUGGGAAGUAGCUUUAAGUGAUGGUGUUCAUAAGAUUGAAUUUGAACAUGGGACCACUUCAGGAAAACGUGUUGUCUAUGUUGAUGGAAAGGAAGAAAUAAGAAAAGAAUGGAUGUUUAAAUUAGUAGGUAAAGAAACAUUCACUGUUGGAGCAGCCAAAACAAAAGCUACUAUUAACAUUGAUGCAGUCAGUGGGUUUGCAUAUGAAUAUACCUUGGACAUCAAUGGAAAGAGCCUCAAGAAGUAUAUGGAGAACAGGUCAAAAACAACCAAUACUUGGGUAUUGAGCUUGGGUGGUACAGACUAUAGAGUUGUUCUAGAAAAGGACACUAUGGAUGUGUGGUGCAACGGUCAAAAAAUGGAAACAGCGGGUGAAUUUGUAGAAGAUGGGACUGAAACUCACUUCAGUAUUGAUGAUCACAGCUGUUGCAUUAAGGCUGUCAGUAGUGGAAAACGAAAGGAAGGAAUUCUUCAUACCCUUAUUGUGGAUGACAGAGAAAUCCCAGAGGCUGUGGAGUAGCCUCUAGUUAACUGAUUCUUGUAGGACUAAGAUCAGGAAUUUUCAAUUACUGUGGUAAUUAUUUCAGUAUGGACUACUUGGUACAUCUAGUUUGUGCUGGGUUUAUUUACUAGUUUCUGUAUACGAAAUUAUUCUUUUUGAGGACCAGAUAAAAAUAAUUAUAUACAACCUCUUACAUUACCAGUUUUUAAAAAACUAUAUACACAUAGAAUAUAUAUUAUAUCGCUAAGUGUGGAGAAUACUGGUGAACGUAAGUAAAAAUUAUAUACUAGAAAAAAUUCCGCUAUAAUAAAAUGGAAGAUAAAUAUUCA